GAUGGAUGGACGUCCUGUUUGCACGGGAUGUGUCACGCAUGUAAAACAAGGUCAGGGGAUGUCACCAUCCCAGCUUUAUAUUGAAAGAGGACGGAGAGGAUGGGUUUAUUCACUGAACGCGCGCGGCUGUGCUUCAUCUUCCAGCAAUAUGAGAAUCAAGGCUCUGGUUAUUUUCUUUACUGCAAUGAUCUGUCAGUCUACAGCUUUGAGAGAACCAUUUACUGUCAUGGAUGCACCCGAGCACACAGGCACUCCAGGUAAAGAUUUCAAGCCAGAAAAACUUCACCCUUUUCUCUUAAUGGACCGGAGGGAAUCCGAAGAGCCCAACGUUUCAGACGACUCGGGUCUUUGCUUGUUCAUCCAUGAAAAAGACGAAUCGAGUCACAUUUCUUGCAAACAUCGCUUGACACGUAGUAAAUUCAACUACAACCCGUUUGGACUGCGCUUUGGAAAGCGAAAUGACGCGACAGCAAGGGACACGGACAAACCCAAACACCUGCUGCCAAUUAUGCUUUACCUGAAACAAUUAGAGACUUCGUGAAAAAUUCUCUCUUUGUCACAUUCAAGGAUGCUUGGUUCAAAACUGUUGGUAACUAUUUCAGCCUGUUAUUCUGCCUUUCAUUUCUCACAUAUGGAAUUUAUGGCGGAGGUGUUUGCCAUUAAAUAUUGUACAUGUGGCAUAAACGUUUUACAAUGUUAAAGGUAUUGGAUUCGUGAUUGUUAAAAAUCUAGAGGAGCAUCCUGCUCUGUUAUUUACCUGAAAUAAAGGUCUUCAUAUGAAAGUUUUCCUGUAACUCCGUGGUAAGAGCAUUGCGUUAACGACGCAAGGUUGUGGGUUCGAUCCCAGGGGAUUGCAAAUACUCAUGUGAAAU